AGUACACAAGGAAAUGAGGAUCAGUUCAAACGAUACCGCUGGCUUGACGUAUGCUAAGCUCAGCCUUGAUCAUUGAAACCAAUUGUUGAGGGUAGGAAAGUGCGAAUUUCUUCUAAUUUUCUUUCAGUUCGCAUCCUGGCAGAAUAAGUAUUCUAAUACUUAUCGAGGUUAAUUGAAUUUUCCUUUGUUUGUACAUUUUGGGUAGGAUACAAUGAAUUCUCAACAAAUCUAUAUCUUCACAGUCCUUACUUUUGUUUCGGUGUCCCAGAUAUGUGGGAUGAUACAAAUACCGGCGGGGGCGGAUGAGACCUCAGCGGUUCACGCGCUGAGUAAGCGAGGUUGGUUCGGGCGGAGUCGGUCGAAGGGGGUACCGCCCCCGCCGCCGGCGUACGGACACCCGUAUCGCCCGAUGCCACCGCCUCCUCCGGCGCGAAGACGCGGCGGAUUUGGAAAGGCCGCCGGGAUGCUGCUCCCGGUGGCCGCGGGGGCUGCUGCCGGCUACCUCACCACCAGCCUCGUCCUCAAACAGAUGAAGAAGGAGAACCCGUGCGCCCUUCAUGGCGCCGGCUUCACCGCCGACGGACAGAUGGACUCCAGGAUCGCAGCCAACCAGAGGUGUCAAAGCAUGCUACAAAAAUACUCGAGCUGGUUCAACAGCCCGAACGCAGGCGGUAACACGAACCCCCAACAAGGUGGCGGUACCAUGAACCCUCAACAAAACGGAAUGAUGAGCCCAAACGGGAUGAGUCCAAACGGGAUGAGUCCAAAUGGAGUGAGUCCAAACGGGAUGAGUCCAAAGGGUGGAAACCCGAACACAGUGUCUCCUGGUGUGAACCCUCAGCAGACUUCCCAGAAAGCGACACCGAUGACACCUGCUGGGACUGACACGGACGACUACGGUACGACGCGUCAGCAGAGGGCGAUGAGUGGUCCGAUGAACCUUCAGAGUCUCACCUCGGGUUACGGACAGCAGCAGCAGCAGCAGACGCAAACGGGGCCUGCAGGCACCGCUGGGAAGGGUAGUCCUUGCGCUGGGGCAACCUUCGCCACGUGCCAGGAAAUCGACGGACACGAGACCUGUGUCGUUCAAACCCCAAGUGGUAACAUACCUAUUAAGCAGUGUGCUUGAGCCAUAUUGUAAAGAUGCCCUAAUAACGCGCCAUAUUCACCUGCUUGCUAGACGCGCGUCUAGACGCGAAAAGUAGGCUCUUUAGCCGAGUUACAGGCGGCGAUUUGCAACCUGAUUGGCUACGGAAUCUGCCGAACACGGCCUAAGGCCUACUCGCCGCUCAACACGCGCGUCUAGCUCGCAGGUGUAUCUGGCACUUUACACACAAGAGAGAAGGGUAUCCGCAAAAUCAUCGUCUCCCAGACACGGGAACGUUUCUUCAUCCCAAAGUUGCAAAACUAACUCAGCACGGAUAAAAAUAAGCACGAUGUUGUUGGAUGAUAUGGGCAUUUCCAAUUAAUUGUGGUAGAACCCCUAUUACUUGCGGUAGUGCCCCAAUUUAUUGUGGUAGUACUCCAAUAAAUUAGGUUACUAAUCCAAAUGGUGCGGUACGAUCUCAACUUGAAUUGCAGUACUACUACAACUAAUUUGAAAUAUCCAUAUAUCAUCCAACAAAUUGGGGUAAUAGCACAAUUUUAGGGGAUAACCCCUUACACUUUUUUUCCGUGAGGCAACUCUGAUUAAUACAGGCAAUUAAAAGAAUAAGUGAUUUCUGUCCACAAUUUAUUCUGCCAUUUUUUGUGUGGAAUCAGAAGAAAAAUUAUGGAGAAAUUUUCUUUCAGAAAUGUAAUACAGUCUCCGGUGAAAAUUAUAUUUGCCGGAGAAAAGAUUGCAACGUUGACAUUUAUAAUUAGUUAGUUACAUUCUUGCAUCCUAAAUACGGUGAAAUGUCCGCCUGAUUUUGGGUUCGAAUGGAGAAUCAAAUGAAAUAAUCGAAGUUCUUGUAGCUUCUAUCAAGGCUACAUAACAGGUAUCUCAUAAUUCAGCGUUAUUUUCCUCGCAAAUUCCAUUUUUUGAAUGAAAAACAAUUCUUGAUUAUUA